AGAAGUGUCGUCUGACGAAGCUAAGGACAGCGGGACCCAGUUUUAACACCGCCCUUCUUGAACUUGCUAAGGCCUGCGUAUCUACCCUGCACAAUGAUUCGUCUGGGAAGUCUAUUGAGUUUGGCCAUUGUGCCAGCCGUCUUGGCCGGGAGGUUAGAUUUGAUCGACCUGCCGGUCGGAUUCCAGCCGGAAGGCGUGACACUCGGGCACGGACAAGAGGUGUACGUCAGCGCCUUCACCGGCGGGAGCAUCUGGAAGGGCGACCUCGAAACUGGUGUUGGCAGCGUGGUCAUUGAGGGCGGAAACGGUACUACCGCUCUUGGCAUUGACUUCGACAGGCGCAGCGACUACCUGUGGGUUUGCGGCGCCUUUUCAGGCUCGCUCGCGAUUUACGACACGACGGACGACUUUAGCCUCGUCGCAGAGAUUCAGCUAGGUACCGUGGGGGCAUCUCUCGUAAAUGACGUCAUCAUCCACCCUCGCUCGGAGUACGCCUACAUCACCGAAUCUUCGCAGUUGCAAUUCUAUAGGAUCGCCCUGGAUGAAUACGGGAGAUUGCCCAACGGUCCGAACACCGUGGCGGAGGUGAUCCCUCUCAGCUCGGACUUUAGCUUCCAACCUGGGGAAAUUAUCGCGGACCAAGCGCUCAACUCCAACGGCAUCGUGAUCACGGAUGACCUUUCGUCCCUCAUCAUCGUCAAUUAUCAGUCGGGCGAGCUGUUUGCCGUUGACCCGGACACUGGCAAGGCCACCUUGAUUGACCUCGGUGGUGAUCUCAUUCUAGGAGGAGACGGGCUGGUGCUGCGCAAGAACACGCUUUGGGUUUGCCAGAACCGUCUCUUUGGGACUCCGGACCAGGGCGUCGUCGAGGUGCUCCUCUCGGAAGAUCUCAGCUGUGGCACCAUUACCCGCCGUCUCAGCAACGAGUUCUUCAACGACCCCGCCACGGCCCUCCGCAAGGGGAACUCCAUGUGGACCACAAUUUCUAUGUGGGCCGUAUCCGGCGAGGAGAUCGCCACGACCCAAUACCAGCUCGUUCGCGUGGAUCGCGACAGCGCGGUGUCCGAGUGCGCCGCUACUUAACUUUGCCCUGCGACAUAUCAUAUCGUGGAUAUUUUGCGGCUAUCGAUGACGGUGAAAUAGGUUCCUGCGAUCGUUUUGUUUCACAUCUCCUUGGCUAUGGAGGGAGACAAACAUGAGAUGGAGGUUAGGUAUGUUCCGGUCUCUCACCGAGAGCUGGACCUUUCAAGGAAGGUACUUAGAAAAUCUCUCAAAAUGUCUCUAUCCGCGAACGAGUUUUUGGGUUUUCUCGAUGUUGUAGUACAAGAGACCGUGGACCAAUGGAUCUAGCGUUUGGGGGACGUGAUCAAGAACGACUUCUUGUCUCUUGGCUGUUGUAUUUGAAUGAAUGAAGUAGUGCAAGGAGUUUCCACCGCAGCAAGUAUGGGUGAAUCAUUCGAAGUUCGUUCUUUGUUCUUGAAUGUGGAAUCUGAAUAAGCCAGUUUGCUUUGU